AUGCGAGGAAAGCAGCGCUCUUUUUAUCUUGUUGGCAUUCUCUGCAUCAUCUUCCUUGCUACGCAACCGGCACUUUGCAGCACAAACUCAAAGUCGAAUAAUUUGGAGUGUGAUUCGAAUCUUCAUGAAAAAUGUGCUCUAGGCAACCCACUACUAGAAUCAUUUGCUGGACAAGAGAAAGAGAGAAAUCCACCCGCAAAAGUGGCCAUCAUCGGCGGAGGUAUCGCCGGGCUAUCGACUGCAUAUUUCCUGCAGAAUGACAAGAGACUAGGGAAUUCCACCCAAAUCACAAUAUUUGAACGAGAGGCUCGAAUAGGCGGGCGGAUACGUACUACUAAGGUAUACGGGACUGGCUCAGAGGUUGACACCGGUGGACACACCUUCGACAGGGAUGACAAUUUGAUAAACGAGCUUGCUCAUGCGAUAAGUAUUGAUACCGUUAAGGAGAAAAUCAUUUAUGUUUAUGACGAGUAUAGACUCCGAAGGGCAAACCUUGGCGCGUUAGACCGGGCCAGUCUCUGGGACGGCGAAAAGCUCACGAUCAAUGUGGCGGAGGAGCCACCUCUCAACUGGCCUUCCUUGAAACAAAUUUUGAGACAGGAUGGCCUAAAGCCUCGCUUCUGGAUGAACCUCCGCCGGACACUUUGGCAAGCAGCUACCGACGAGAACUUACGAGACUCCCUCGAGUGGUACGGGUAUGACGACCCCAAGACACGCCUUGAAAUGAUCGUGUGGGCAGCUGCAUGGGCACGACCAAUACCACGUGAAGCAGAUCUAAAGCACUUCGCAGAUACACAUAGUAUCAGCUUGAAACCACAAAGCUCCGCCAGGGAUGGAAAUAUGGAUCUUCUAUCGCAGCUAGCUAAUCAUCUUGGCCGUGAUGAUUCCUUUUCGCUGAAGCUGGGAUCUACCGUGACGCGGAUUGAGAGGCAUCAAGAUUUCAAUGUCUAUUGGACUCAGGAUUCCGAUUCGGGGUUGGAGGAUACAUACUCUGAGAGAUUUGACUAUGUGAUCAUUGCGGCUCCUUUCUCCCAGAGCCCUAUUAACAUACAUCCUGCUCCAUCCGCUGUUCCCCAAGAAGUCAAAUACCAGCCUCUACACGUCACGCACUUCAUUUCCCGAACUGCGUUGGAUCGUCAAACUUUUAAUCUUCCGCCUAAAACCAAAGUUCCUUUGAUGAUCUGGAACACAGGGCAAUCGACCGGAGAUCAUAAGUCUCCCGCGCCUCCUUUUAUUUCGAUUGUCCAAGGGUCUAGUGAUACGUGUUCAGGCUGCGUAUGUAGCUCAGAACCCAUGUAUAGAGUCAUUUCCAAAGAGAACUUCUCAGACUCUGACAUUGCUACUUUAUUAAGGAAGAAUGGCAAGCCUCGAAAAGAAGUUACAUUUUCGGAUCAGAGUUGUGGGAAGCUAAACCAGGAUGAGGGGUACACGAUUGGUGAUGAACCACCAAAAAGGGAGGGCAAGGACGAGAAGGUGCGUUUGCCAGGCUGUGUGAACAACCCAGAUAUUAGGUGGAUCCAUCGAGAGUUUUGGUCCAACGGUAUGCCUCUUAUUCAGGGUGAACGAGUUGAGCCGAUGGAGUUGGCACCAAAUUUGUUCUACGUUUCUGGAUUCGAGGGUCGGGAGGGCGCCUCCAUAUCGAAAAGUGUUCGGAAUGCGAGGAAAGCGAGUGACUUGUUGACUGAACAAUUCUCCCGGCGGCUUCUCAUAUAA